AUGAAGCUGAUUUCGAUCUUCAGUGCCCUCUUCGGGGCUUCCUUGUGCCUGGAAACUUUUGUUGGGCACCAGGUUCUCCGAAUCAAGACAAGAAAUGAGGAGCAGGUUAAGAAGUUACAGCUUUUGGAAUCGCUGGAACACCUUCACCUGGAUUUCUGGAUAAAUCCCUCUACCCCUGCCCUCCCUGUGGAUGUGCGAAUCCCCGCUAAGAGCCUCCAAGCCGUCAAAGCCUUCCUGGAGUCCCAUGGGAUUCAGUACUCCAUCCUGAUCGAAGAUCUGCAGGUUGUUCUAGAUAAAGAAAAGCAAGAUAUGGCCUACAGUCAACAAAGGCAGCGCGACAGCAACAGCUUUGACUAUGGAAGUUACCACUCUCUGGAUUCUAUUUAUGCAGAACUGGAUAAUCUUGCAUCUGAGUAUAGCGACAUUGUCAGUAAGCUCCAGAUUGGGGAAUCCUAUGAAAAGCGGCCUUUGUAUGUGCUCAAGUUCAGCACUGGAGGAAGCAACCGUCCUGCAAUCUGGCUUGAUGCUGGCAUCCAUUCCCGAGAGUGGAUUACCCAAGCAAGUGCCAUAUGGAUAGCUAAAAAGAUUGCUUCCGAUUAUGGGAGUGACGCAUCCGUCACCUCUCUGCUGAACAAAAUGGACAUUAACCGCCUGUGGCGGAAGACCCGCUCCAAGAAUGAAGGCAGUCUGUGUGUUGGAGUGGAUCCAAACCGGAACUGGGAUGCAGGUUUUGGAGGUUCUGGAGCCAGUAGUAAUCCCUGCUCUGACUCUUACCAUGGCCCCAGUGCCAACUCAGAGGUGGAAGUUGAAUCUGUUGUCAACUUUAUUAAGAAUCAUGGGAACAUCCAGGCCUUCCUCACCCUCCACAGUUACUCUCAGCUCCUGUUGUAUCCCUAUGGCUACAAAUGCACUGAGCCGGCAGACCAUGCUGAGCUGGAUGCCUUGGGAAGAGCCGCCGCCACCUCCAUCCAGUCCCUGUACGGCACCACCUUUACCGUGGGGAGCAUUUGCACUACUAUCUACCAAGCCAGCGGCGGCAGCAUUGACUGGAGCUACGAUUAUGGCAUCAAAUACUCUUUCGCCUUCGAGCUGCGAGACACGGGUCGCUAUGGCUUCCUCCUGCCAGCCAGCCAAAUUAUCCCAACCGCUGAGGAGACGUGGCUGGGUCUGAAAAACAUCAUGGAGUAUGUGCGAGACAAUUCAUAGUAAAAGCCAAGGUGGGAAUCAGCUGUCUGUAGCAGCACGCGCCUAAAUCCUCUUCGCAUGGCGUGCUUGAGACAGCUGAAAUGAUACGGCACCUGGCUGAAUAAACCCCCCGCGUGCA